CUUCCUGCAGGUGACUCUCAGCCAUGAAGACACUUGUCCUUCUCUCUGCCCUUGUCCUGAUGGCCUACAUGGCCCAGUCUGAUUCUCUCCCUGAAGCAACAGAGGAGACUAAAGAUGAGGAUCAGCCAGUGGUAGAGGACCAGGAUAUGUCCAUCUCCUUUGGAGGCCCAGAAGGCUCUGCUCUUCAAAAAGCAGCCGGCGGAAAAAUCUUGACUUGCUACUGUAGAAGAUCCUGCAAAUUUUUUGAACGUGUCACUGGGACCUGCUGGCAAGGGUCCAAACGCUUCAAUUUCUGCUGCCACUGAGUCCAGAGAUAAGAUCACCAUGUGCUCUGAGACCUUAUGAUCUGUCAUUUCCCUAGUAUUCACCUGAAUUGUUUUUCCCUCUCUAAUAAAUUUCCUUGCAAACAAA